UAGUAGCUGUAUGCGGCCCUGGUAGUCUCGGUCGGGCUCUGCGCUGAGGUGGUGUGAAGUCGCUGAAGACUGUUUAAAGUUAUAAUUUCCACUUUUUAAAUCGUUUCUGUCUUUAGUUCUCAUUUCAGUAAAUCAUGCCUUAUUAUCAGACGUGGGAAGAGUUUGCCCGAGCGGCGGAAAAGCUCUACCUGACGGACCCGAUGAAGGUCAGAGUUGUGCUCAAAUACAGACACUGCGACGGGAAUCUCUGUAUGAAAGUCACAGAUAACUCUGUGUGUCUACAGUAUAAGACCGACCAGGCGCAAGACGUGAAGAAGAUCGAGAAGCUACAUGGGAAACUGAUGAGAUUAAUGGUCUCCAAAGAGACCCACAGUGGCGCGAUGGAAACGGACUGAGUGAUCCUGGAGGACUUUGCUGUGUUUGGACAGCGCAGUGUGUCGGCUCAUGUGACGUUAAUUUGAAGAGCGCGGAGUUUAAUGGCCCGAUGUUUGGAAUAUGGAAACUGGGAGAGUGAGGGAGACAGAAUGGAAAACGAUAUCCUCAUUUGCACACAGCGCCUCACGACGGGAAGAGUCGAUAUUUAUUUUCUGGUCCAGGAUGGACUUAAAUGUUAUUAGGCAGCGAGUGAUCUCCCAUAUGUUCUUUAUACAUCUUUGAGUGACCAGUUACCAAUUUGUUUUCUGAACAGCUGGUCACAAGCAGUUUAUUGAAUAGUCUGUACAUGGAUGCGGGGGCUUCUCAGUUAAUUUGGAAUAGUAUAAUUAGUGUUUACCAGCUCUGCUCCUGGAGGCACUGCACAGUUUUGUGUUUUUUCUGCUCCAACACAUCAGAAGUUAUUGCUAUAACUGGAGCAGGAGAAGCACAAAGCUAUCGCAGCUGUCCUACAGGACUGGAGCUGAAUCUCAGUAAUCAUUGGAACCCACAUUGACUCAAGUCUGUCAUUAAUGACUGAAAUAAAUGUUUUAUUCUUUUGGCAUCUGA